AUGCACUACAAGAUCUACGUGGCUGUUUUCGCUACGAUAGCCGUGUCUAGCAUCGCUGCUAGUCCAAUUCCGCCACCCGAUGACCAAUUCGGCCUCUGUGUCGAGCCAAUCGAGCCCGCACAACUGUCUCAGGCCCAGCGAGACACUCUUCAGGGAAAAGGAACCAACGGCGCCUCGGACUGGACCCAUUCACCGUGCGGUCAUGCUAUCCCCAGGGCUGUCGAGACCAGGGACCUGCCCAAAGAGGAUCUGCUGGAGGUGGCACUGGAGGAGGGUCCGUUGGAGGCACUGGGGGUUCAGGUGGUGGAGGAUCCGCUGGAGGUGGUACGGGAGGUGGUGCCGUUGGAGGAACCGGCGGAGCAUCUGACGGUGGAUCCGCCGGAGGAGGUACCGGAGGAGGGUCUGUCGGAGGCACCGGCGCAGGUAAUGGCGGAUCCGCUGGAGGCGGAACUGGAGGGGGUGCUGUCGGAGGCACAGGAGGAGGGGGGGGGAGGAGGUUCCGCCGGAGGUGGUACGGGAGGCGGGUCUGCUGGAGGAGCCGGAGGAGGUUCCGCUGGAGGAGGCACAGGAGGGGGUGCUGUUGGAGGAGCUGGGGGAGGAUCUGCGGGAGGUGGUACUGGGGGAGGGUCCGCUGGGGGGUCCGGAGGAGGCUCCGCCGGAGGUGGCACUGGGGGAGGUGCUGUUGGAGGAUCCAAACGGGGCUGGUCCGAUUUUCCAGACAAGUCUAUCGUCCGUAAACAAAGCGCUGGAGGAGGCUCAGCUGGAGGAGGCACCGGGGGAGGGUCAGUUGGAGGUACUGGAGGUGAAGGUGGAGGCGGUUCUGCUGGUGGAGGCACUGGCGGAGGAUCUGCUGGUGGAAACGGAGGAGGUGAUGGAGGCGGUUCUGCUGGAGGUGGCACUGGAGGUGGUUCUGCUGGAGGAACUGGCGGAGGUAAUGGUGGAGGUUCAGCUGGUGGAGGCACCGGGGGAGGGGCUGCUGGAGGCUCCGGCGGUGGUAACGGUGGAGGCUCUGUUGGAGGGGGCUCUGGGGGAGGUGCUGCUGAUGGCUCGGGAGGAGGCAAUGGAGGAGGAUCUGUUGGGGGAGGUACCGGAGGAGGUGGUGCUGGCGGCUCGGGCGGAGGUAAUGGAGGAGGAUCUGUUGGGGGCGGCGCCGGUGGCUCUGGUGGAGGUAGCGGUGGAGGUGCUGUCGGUGGGAAUGCUGGCGGAGGAGGUUCUGCGGGAGGAAGCUCUGGGAGCUCUGCGCCUGCGAGUAUCAGCAACCCCAGCGUGAGCCUCAACGUUCUUAAUGAUCUUGAUCUAGCUGACCUGCUUGAUCUAGGAGGCCUAGCUUGA